UUUUCUCCUUUGUAGUUGACUAUCAAAAUGAUAUAGAGGUGUCAAUGCUAGUUAUCGAAACGUCAUAUGCAGUGAAGCAAGUGAACGAGAGCAACGAAAGAGAGGAGACUGAGAGAGAGGACCAAGAGGGAGAGCGAGAGAGCAAGAAAGAGAAAGGAAACCAAAAAAGAUUGAGUGAGGGCAGCUCGACUCCACAGCCAAUAAGAGAUCUUUUCGUACAUGAAAUUCUACUGUAGUAAUUUCACCUGAAUGUGAGGUAACUCAAGUUUUAGGUCCCUUACAAAGCCAUAUAAAUUCACCUCUCAUCUCAGGUUUAAUAUGAAAACAUGAAGAUGGUGCAGGACAAAAAUAAUAGCAUGCGUCCAAGUUCAAAAUCCACAUGUAAACCUUAGAGAUUGCCUCGUCUUUUGUAGGUUUAUAGUCUAUUCUGUUUUCUUCCCUCCUCUCAUCUCAUUUUCGUUAACCUCACUCUCCCCCUUCCAAACCACCGAUUCAUUUUCAUCUCAACACUCUCUGCCUUUUUCCUACCAGCUGUGGUUUACAUAACCAUCUUCAAUGAAUCGUGUCAAUGGUAGCACCUACACAAAGCUUCUUUCGAGAUCAACAUGGAUCGUGUAAAACGAUUUCUGAAAACAUUAUCAUCCUCAUCUCCCCAAAUUGAAGACAAGUUCAAGUAGCAAUGAGAUAGAUUUUAGUGGGUAUUUGUCACCUUGGGGUAGUUUCUCAGCACGUAUCACUAUUCAUGCAUUUCAAAAUUUGACACCUUCUUCUUCUUCUACAUUCUGCUGGCUUACUUCCCCUAUAUAAUCUCCUUUAAUUAAUUUUCCUCUUUUCAGAUUGUGUAUGCUCACAGAGGAUUCUUAAUUAGGCAGCUAUGAAUCUUAUUCACAGCUUUCUUAAUUUAGUCUCUCCACCCUUUACUUUUAUCUCCCUUUUCCUUUUACUUCCGCCUUAUCAAGCUCUCAAAUCCUUCCUCUCUUUACUUGGUGUUCUCUUCACUGAAAAUGUCCAUGGAAAAGUCGUUCUCAUCACCGGCGCUUCCUCCGGUAUCGGCGAGCAUUUGGCGUACGAGUAUGCAAAACGAGGAGCUUGCUUAGUACUUGUAGCAAGACGACAGAAUCUACUUGAAGAAGUUGCAGAUAUAGCUCGCUAUUAUGGAUCACCAGGUGUAAUCACCAUUAAAGCAGAUGUUUCCAAGUUUGAAGAUUGCAGACGAGUCAUUAACGAGACAAUGAAUAACUUUGGGAGAUUGGAUCAUUUGGUGAACAAUGCGGCGAUAACCCAUUUGGUGUUGUUUGAAGACAUAGCCGAUAUUGCUGCGUUCAAGCAAGUAAUGGAUAUAAAUUACUGGGGAGCAGUAUACAUGACCCAUUUGGCAAUUCCUUAUUUAAGAUAUAGCAGAGGGAAGAUCGUGGCGUUGUCGGCUCCACCAGCGUGGCUACCGUCGCCGAGAAUGAGUAUUUACAAUUCGAGCAAGGCGGCGAUUAAGAGUAUGUUUGAGACACUGAGAGUGGAGCUGGCGCCGGAGAUCGGUGUGACGAUUGUAACUCCAGGGUUCGUUGAAUCAGAAUUGACUCAAGGAAAAGCUUUGAACGCUUUUGGGAAAGUCGAACUUCGUCAGGAUAUGAGGGAUGCAUUGAUCGGAAUUGUACCGGUGGAGACGGCGGAUGAAUGCGCGAAGGGGGUGGUGAGAGGGGUAUGCAGAGGAUAUAGGUACGUGACGGAGCCGUCGUGGUACAAAGUGCUGUUUUACUGGAAGGCGUUUUGCCCAGAGUUGAUCGAGUGGUGCUACCGUAUAAUGUCGAUGCCGGCGCCGGGAGGUUCAGAAUCGGACGCCCUGAGCAAGCAGGCGUUGGAUUAUACGGGUGGAAAGUAUAUGCUGUAUCCAUCUUCAAUUCGGUCUACGGAGCUGAAGGGAGACUGAUCAAAUUUCAUGAAGCAGCAUUUGGUUUUUUUAUUUUGUGUGUUUUCUGCUCUUUUACUUCUUUGUAAUCUCUCUCUGCUUCUUCUUACUUUUUUCUCCAUAAAUUCAAACACUUUGUUUUGUCUUAGUUAGUUAUGAAAUAAAGAAAUGGUCAGAUUUUAUUUAACUUCCAAAUUGAGUUACGAAACUGGCAUAGUUGCCUCCCCAUGAACACAUGUAAUGACAACUAUUGAUAUCAACUUGGAGAAUCAUACCAACUUA